AUGUCGUUCUGCAGCUUCUUCGGGGGCGAGGUUUUCCAGAAUCACUUUGAUCCGGGUGUCUACGUGUGCGCCAAGUGUGGCUACGAGCUCUUCUCCAGCCGCUCAAAGUACGCGCACUCAUCCCCGUGGCCAGCCUUCACGGAGACCAUCCACGCUGACAGUGUGGCCAAGCACCCAGAGCACAACCGGCCCGAAGCCCUAAAGGUCUCCUGUGGCAAGUGUGGCAACGGAUUGGGCCAUGAGUUCCUGAACGAUGGCCCCAAGAAGGGGCAGUCGCGCUUCUGA